GGCGGGACCGAGGACGGCGGGGCAGCAGGGCGCGGGCGCCGCGGGCCGGGGCGCGCCAGAUGAUGGAUUUGGACGAGCUUCUAUGAAGAAAUGCCACGUGUCUCAACUAGUCCAAGAACAAACAUGUCCAGACUACUGCCACCUUAGGGGACUAGGGCUUGGUGACAGCGCUUCCCGGGGAAUCAGGCGUGGUCUGACCCAGGAACAGGAAGUACAACAUCACCAAUGACAUCAUGACAGCAAGAGAGCACAGCCCUCGCCAUGGCGCCAGGGCCCGUGCGAUGCAGCGGGCUUCCACCAUUGACGUGGCAGCCGACAUGCUGGGCCUCUCUCUGGCAGGAAAUAUACAAGAUCCAGAUGAGCCCAUUUUAGAAUUCAGCUUAGCUUGCAGUGAGUUGCAUACUCCAUCGCUAGAUCGAAAACCAAAUAGUUUUGUAGCAGUGAGUGUAACCACCCCUCCUCAGGCAUUCUGGACGAAACAUGCACAGACGGAGAUCAUCGAGGGAACCAACAAUCCUAUAUUUCUAAGCAGUAUUGCCUUCUUUCAAGACUCUCUCAUCAAUCAGAUGACACAAAUCAAACUCUCUGUGUAUGAUGUCAAAGAUCGAUCUCAGGGAACAAUGUAUUUACUGGGCUCUGGAACAUUCAUUGUCAAAGAUCUGCUCCAGGACAGGCAUCAUAGGUUGCAUUUAACACUAAGAUCUGCAGAGAGCGACCGCGUGGGUAACAUCACCGUGAUUGGCUGGCAGAUGGAAGAGAAGUCAGACCAGCGGCCCCCUGUGACCCGGUCUCUGGACACUGUCAAUGGGAGGAUGGUUCUACCCGUUGAUGAGAGCUUGACAGAGGCACUGGGAAUCCGAUCCAAGUAUGCUUCGUUGAGAAAAGACACUUUACUGAAAUCGGUGUUCGGCGGAGCCAUCUGCCGCAUGUACCGAUUCCCCACCACGGAUGGCAACCACCUGCGGAUCCUGGAGCAGAUGGCAGAGAGCGUCCUCUCCUUGCAUGUGCCCCGGCAGUUUGUGAAGCUCUUGCUGGAAGAGGAUGCGGCCAGAGUGUGUGAACUGGAGGAGUUGGGGGAUCUCUCCCCUUGCUGGGAGAGCCUCCGGCGCCAGAUUGUCACUCAGUACCAGACCAUCAUCCUCACGUACCAGGAGAACCUGACCGACCUCCAUCAGUACAAAGGUCCCUCGUUUAAAGCAAGCAGUUUGAAAGCAGAUAAAAAGUUAGAAUUUGUUCCCACAAACUUGCACAUACAGAGGAUGAGAGUUCAAGACGAUGGGGGGUCAGAUCAGAACUAUGACAUUGUCACCAUUGGAGCGCCAGCAGCACACUGCCAAGGUUUUAAGUCAGGAGGUCUCCGCAAAAAGCUGCACAAAUUUGAAGAGACCAAGAAACACAGUUUUGAGGAGUGUUGUACACCAUCCAGCUGCCAGUCCAUAAUCUACAUACCACAGGACAUCAUCAGAGCAAAGGAGAUCAUUGCCCAGAUCAAUACCCUGAAAACCCAAGUGAGUUACUAUGCAGAGCGGCUCUCGAGGGCGGCCAAGGACAGGUCUGCCACUGGCCUCGAAAGAACCCUCGCCAUUCUGGCAGACAAGACCCGGCAGCUGGUCACCGUGUGCGACUGCAAGCUGCUGGCCAACUCCAUCCAUGGGCUGAACGCGGCGCGGCCUGACUACAUUGCUUCCAAGGCCUCCCCCACAUCGAGUGAGGAGGAGCAGGUGAUGCUUAGGAAUGACCAGGACACCCUCAUGGCUAGGUGGACGGGGAGGAACAGCCGGUCUUCUCUGCAGGUGGACUGGCAUGAGGAGGAGUGGGAAAAAGUGUGGCUGAAUGUAGACAAGAGCCUGGAGUGCAUCAUUCAGCGGGUGGACAAGCUGCUGCAGAAGGAGCGCCUACACGGCGAAGGCUGUGAGGAUGUCUUCCCGUGCACAGGCAGCUGUACCAGCAAGAAAGGUAACCGGGACAGCCACGCCUACUGGAUCAAACCGGAAGACCCCUUCUGCGAUGUCCCUUCCUCACCAUGCCCCUCCACCAUCUGCUCUGCUGCAUGCCAUCCUCACCUGACCACACAUUGCAGCCCCCCUCCUGACGGGUCCAGCCCAGGCGAAUGGAGCGAGGCCCUUUACCCCUUGCUGACCACACUCACGGACUGCGUGGCCAUGAUGAGUGACAAGGCCAAGAAGGCAAUGGUCUUCCUGCUCAUGCAGGACAGUGCUCCCACCAUAGCCACGUACCUGAGCCUGCAGUACCGCCGCGAUGUGGUCUUCUGUCAAACCCUGACUGCUCUCAUCUGUGGCUUCAUCAUCAAGCUGAGGAACUGCCUGCAUGACGACGGCUUCCUACGGCAGCUAUACACCAUCGGGCUGCUGGCCCAGUUUGAGAGCCUGCUGAGCACUUACGGUGAGGAGCUGGCCAUGCUGGAGGACAUGAGCCUUGGGAUCAUGGACCUGAGGAACGUGACCUUCAAAGUCACUCAGGCCGCUUCUAAUGCAUCGACUGACAUGCUGCCCGUCAUCACUGGAAAUCGGGAUGGGUUUAACGUGCGGAUCCCUCUGCCGGGCCCCCUGUUUGACGCCCUGCCCCGGGAGAUCCAGAGCGGCAUGCUGCUGCGGGUGCAGCCCGUCCUCUUCAAUGUGGGCAUCAAUGAGCAGCAGACUCUGGCCGAGAGGUUUGGAGAUACAUCUUUACAAGAAGUUAUCAACGUGGAAAGUUUGGUGCGGUUAAAUUCCUACUUUGAGCAGUUUAAGGAAGUAUUGCCUGAGGAUUGUCUACCUCGAUCUCGGAGCCAGACGUGCCUGCCGGAGCUGCUGCGUUUUCUGGGCCAGAACGUUCACGCCAGGAAGAAUAAGAAUGUCGACAUUCUCUGGCAAGCCGCUGAGAUCUGCCGCCGCCUUAAUGGGGUCCGGUUCACCAGCUGCAAGAGCGCCAAGGACCGCACAGCCAUGUCGGUGACGCUGGAGCAGUGCCUGAUCCUGCAGCACGAGCACGGCAUGGCUCCACAGGUGUUCACCCAGGCCCUGGAGUGCAUGCGCAGUGAGGGUUGUCGAAGAGAAAAUACAAUGAAGAAUGUUGGAAGUCGCAAAUAUGCAUUUAAUUCCCUGCAGCUGAAGGCUUUCCCCAAGCAUUACAGGCCUCCCGAAGGGACUUACGGAAAAGUUGAAACAUGAACACACGGUUCCUCUAAUUAGCUGUUACAUACUAAAUGUGGGUACCCUCUAGUGUCAUAUAUGAAUUCUUCAAGAAGACCUGAAGGAUUGGUUUUUAUUUUUGUGUUUUAAAAAAAAUUCACUAAAAAGUCUAUGGAGCAUGUUUUUUCCCACUGGAAUUAAUAGGAGGUGAUGUUUGGCUCAGUAGUGUGGAUUGUAGCGACUGCCCAUUUAAAUAGCCUCAGCCAUAACCACACAGAUAUCAUUGAUAGUUCCCUGUAUGAAUCAAGCUAGAUAUGUCUGAAAUGCUAAAAGACUUUUUAAAAUGCCCACUUAGGCAGCUGCACACCUAACGUAUUUUUCUACUGAGUAACUCAAAAUUGAGCAUUGAAUUACAGUCUACUUUUAAAAACUCUGAAUGUAAAACAGUAAAUAAUAUAUUAAAUUAUUGGAUCCUGGGCAGACCAAUAGAUGUUAAAUGUUAACUCAAGCUUUGGGAAAGAAGCCAGCUCUAGCUCGUGCAGUGAGAGCAAAUGGUUCCAAUGAAUUGUCCCAUCUGUAACGGCACAGGUGAAAUCAGAAGGUGAAGUGAGGGUCACUAAAUAAUGCCUGAGAUCAGACUUCACUGGAAGGUAGUCUCUGCAUAGUGGCUCCCACAGCUCUGCCCCUGAUGCCUUGUAGAACAGGGUGUGUGCUGGAGAAUGUGAAGCCAGCUGUCCUGUUCUCUUCAGCUCUGGGGCUGGUCCUGCACACGCCCCCUCCUUCCAUCACUCCAGAACCCCGCUCACUCAUGAGGUGUCUGCUGCCUCUCAGAUAGCAAUGGGGGAUUUUUGUGUGUGUAGGUGCUGGAAGCCUAAAUAUUUUCAGAACAGAUGUCCUUUCGUGGGUUUCCCAAUUUAUUGUCUUCUAGAAGACAAUGCAAUCAUGUUGAAUUGUCUGAUGAAAGUGUCUCUUAGGUUUGCAGUACUUGUUACAGUCCUCUUCACAUUCUCUUAUGUAAGAUGACUAUUGAGAAAGUUGGAUUUAUCUCCUACAGUGAGAUUUUGAAAGGGAUUAAUGGGCCAUAAAACUUAGGAAUUUCAUAGAAAAUUAUGUCUGGUCAUCUAUUAUAAGAUGAUGAUGAGUCUUAUCUGCACAUAGCAGAGAUUUUUUUUCUUAGUUUAUAUGUUUAUCAGUUGUUUAUCAUGAUGAUUAUGUUUACAUGUUAUUUAAAAGGCUGUAAAAGAAAUCUAUGUGGCACAUACCCAUGAUGCUGAUCCUAAUGAUUUAGGAAAUUCCUACAUCUAAAUUUGAGGUAUUAUUCGUGGGCUCCUUUAGAAAUGCCCCUUGGAAACAUGUAAUGUAUGUCGGCUGCUGAGGCCCAGGCAAAGCCACCCACCGGCAGGGACCCAGAGGGGUAGGCGCAGGUGAGGGUGGAACUGUAUGGAUGACCCUCCAGGCCCUACCUUCUCAGACAGAGCCUACUUCUCCUGAUGCCUGGUUGGGUGUGAGAGGAUAUGGAGGACGCAGCAGGGAGUGAUGGCACAGCUCACACAUCUCCCACGGCUGGCUCACUGUGGAGAGUGCGCGCAGACACUGCUGUCCACCACCCCGCUGCAGAGGUGGCAGCAGCUGGUAUCACCUUCUGCUGUGUCAGACCCCGCUCAAAGACAGUUUCCAGUAUGGCUGAUUGGGCCUCUCACCACUCCCCCAUUUCAUUUAAUUUGUAAUUUCUCUAGCAUCUACCUAUUUCCGUCUUUUCUCGUUUUAACAUCACUACCUUUAAAAAAUUCCCUUGUCUUUUUAAAUUAAAUGUUACCCAUAUUGUUUCCAGAAUUUUAUUUUAUUUUAUUUUAUUUUUGGUCUGAAGAGCAUUAAGUACCUGCAUUUAUCAAAAGGGAAUACAGCAAAUGUUGAGUCAUCUGUUAGCAAUUCUGCAUGUGGCACCAUUAUGUGAAUUAUUUUAACGACUUUGGCUUCAUGUUAAGGAUCACCAUAAAACUCUAAGACUUGGCUAAUCGUGUAGAAAAUGUGGAGGCGUCAGUAUUCCAUGUGAGCGCUCGGCCGGGCUGCGGCGAGAGAGCCUGGCUCAGCCUCCCGGUGGCCUCACGCCCUCCGCGCUUGCUCUGCGCCAGGGCUCCUGCCCGCCGGGGUGGCCGGGGCUCCUCCCGUGGGCCCAGAGCCUUGAGCUUCGGUUGCACAAGGAAAGCCGCUUCACAGGUUCCGGCCAGUGUUCCUGAGAAGGCCCCUCCUUUCAAAAGAAACGUGGAGACCCACUAGGAACGUGGGACGUGACGUGGAUUCUGUGUAAGCACGUGCAGCACAGUUGCCUUUGGUUUCCUUUAAAAAUGUACAAAUAUUGUAUAAUACAGUUUUGUCCCCACACAAUUGUAUUUGCCAAGCUUAGUGCAUUCAAGUACUUUUAUUUAUUUGUUUUGGGUGGGCAGUAUUAAUAUAUAUAAACAUAUAGUUACUGUUUUAUAUAUUCUUAGCUCAUUCAAAGCCAUGUAUGCUGUAAAUGUGCUAGUCUUUAGAAUGACAAAUAAUAAAUAACUGACAAGAACAUUAAA